UUGAGGAUCGGCGGCCUAUCUGAUGAUUUGUUUACAAAAAAACGAUGGCGGAAAAUGACAUAAAUACCGACAACAUUAGGGAUUAUCUAGCGAGACAGGGUGGGAAAGCAAGGAAUUCAGACGUUGUAUUACAUUUUAAAGAAUACCUUAAUUACCCUGAUCAAAAGAAAAAAGAAUAUUACAGACAAAAGUUCAAGGAAUAUAUAAAUUUAGUUGCAGUGAAGAAAGAUGAAAAUGGUGUAAAAUACCUUGUGUUAAAAAAGAAAUUCAGAGAGCCAGUUGAUUCAGAGUCAUCACCACGCCAAUGGCGAAUCGGACAUCCUCAUGAAUACGAACAAGGUACUCUUGAAAGGUCACCUAGUAGGUCAGAAGCGGAGAGAAGAAGCGCUGAGGAGAGAUGUCGGCAACAGGCUAAACGUCUAGAGGAAGAGGACAAGAGGCAUGCGGAAAAAUUAAGACAGGCAGCGAAACAAGAAAGAGAAAGGCGGAUGGAAGAAGAGAAAAAAGCUCAAGAAAAGAAGAAACAAGAACAGCAAAGAAGGAAUGAAGAGGAGAGAAUAAGGAAUGAAAGAAUACAGGAGGGUUUAAAACAGCAGGAGAUAGAACGAAUGCAGAGGGAAAAAGAACUCUUUGAUAAGAAGUCUCAGGAAGAGUUUCAGAAAAAUGUAAUCGUGAUUGUUGAACCAUCAGGAGAUGAUGGUACCGAUGAACCCGAUGGUUACACAGGCCCAUCAGAACAAAGAGAUGUAGUAUGUUCUAAAGAAGGUGAACGAAUUAUCGAAGAAAAAGCUCAAAUUUCAAGUGUUACUGAUCAGGUUCAAAUGAUUAAUAAAUCAUUUGAAUCUGAAAAAAGUCCAAGGUCUAGAAGGAAAGGAAAUGCAGGUUCACAGAAACCUAUUUCAGAAACAAGUAGAGGAAGUGAUCCAACAUUAAAUAAAGAUACAUUGUCUUCGUCAGGAUCACAGGCAUCUCUUAAGUCAACCAUUUCUGGGCAAGAACGGUUAUGGAUUUUGUAUUCAGCUCAAAAUGAUCUUGCCAACCUAAGUUUAUUGCUGAGUGAAAACAAGGACUUGGCCUAUUCAAAGGACUUUAUAAAUGUGAGUAUUUCCUUCUGUUUAUUUAUUCAUUUAGAUUAAUAAGUCCUUUUAUCC